GUCAAUGAGUUCUGUGGCUGUCAAACACUACGAUUUCAAAGGUUUUAGUGGCAAAAUUGUAUUGAAUAAAAUUUCAUUUCACAAAUUUUAUCACCAUAAUGCAUGUUCGUGUGAGAAUAUUUGGAAAGCCAGAUACCAUCGUUGUUGUAGAGUCUAAAUUGACGAAAAUAGAUCAAUUUCGCAAAAUCGUUAGUGAAAAAUUCGAUGUAGCGCCAAAAUUGCAACGAUUGUUUUAUGGUGGAAAAUUGCUAGAAAAUGGUUAUACAUUCCAUGAUUACAACAUUAAACUUAAUGAUGUCAUCCAACUUAUGGUUAAAAUGCAACCUGACACAGGUUCAGACACAGAAAAGCCUGAAUCCAAGAAGUCUGAAGAUAAUGAUAAGGAAAAUAAUGAAAGUAAAGAGAUAAUCUAUAAAGAUGCUGAAAGUACACUUUACGCUGUUGGAGAUAUCAUUGAUAUGAGGGAAAAGGAACAAGGAGCUUGGUUAGAAGGAAAAAUAGUAAGAAUAGUUUAUUGCCCUAGUUCAUUAAAUAGUGAUACAAACACUAGCAAUAAUGGUGAAAGUACGGACAAUAACGAAAGCAAAAUUAACUCUGAUAAAGAAAGUGAUCUGGAAAACAAACCUCCAGCAGAUGAUGGUCCUGAGAGUAAAGCUAAAAAGAAAGGCAUAGCUAAAUACUUUUCAAAAAGUCCAAAAAAUUCUAAAAAGAAGAUAAUGGACACAGAAUGUAAUGGAAAAAUUGAUGAGGGUAAUUUGCUAUACAAAAUUCAAUUAGAUGCAGACGAAGAGGAUUCCAAUCUCUAUUGCAAGUCAAAAGACAUAAGACCCAGAGCACGGACUGUUAUUGACAUAAAAGAUUUGAAAGAGGGACAAAUGGUUAUGGUAAACCACAAUACGGAAGAACCUUUGGAAAAGGGUCAUUGGUAUGAUUUCAAAGUGGAUGAAAUCAAGAAGCUAAGAACAAGCUAUGAAUUACUUGGAACUUUAUACUUAGGUGCUGAUGCUGUUCCACAGAAUGAUACUAAAGUUAAAGUACAUGAUAAAAUAUUUGCUAUAGAAGAUGUUGUGCCUUUGACAGAAAGAACUGAGGAACUAAGAAAAAUUAUGACAACGGAAACUGAAAAAAGGUCACUGCCUUUGAAUUGUUUGACUUGUCGAGAUGAUGAGGAAGCUCCAUGCAAGGACUGUGGGUGUUAUUUAUGUUUGGGAAAGGAAUUCCCUGAAAAGAUAGUACUAUGUGAUGAAUGCAACAAUGGAUACCAUAUGAACUGUCUCACACCUCCUCUGAAAGAGUUGCCUGAGGAGGACUGGUAUUGUCCCUCAUGUAAGAGAGAUCCCAAUGAUGUUAUUGCUCCCGGAGCAGCCAAGCAGUUAAAGAAGAAUACAGGCUCUAAGAGCAGUAGGGAUUGGGGACGUGGAAUGGCCUGUGCUGGUAAAACUAAAACCUGUGCAAUGCCUCCAAAUCACUUUGGACCAAUUCCUGGCAUUGAAGUUGGAAUGUGCUGGAGAUUUAGGAUUCAGUUGUCUGAAUCCGGAGUUCACCGUCCACCUGUGUCGGGUAUACAUGGUCGUGACGUAGAAGGGGCGUAUAGUAUCGUUCUGUCUGGUGGUUACGAGGAUGACGUUGAUCAUGGAAACGAGUUCACUUAUACUGGCAGUGGUGGAAGGGACCUUUCUGGUAAUAAACGCACCGCCGAACAAUCCUGUGAUCAAACCCUCACAAGAGAGAACAAGGCUCUAGCACGUAACUGCGCCGUGAAGCAAAUCAGCGAAGAAGGGGGCGACGCUGGUGAUAAUUGGCGCAACGGUAAACCGGUGCGAGUUGUACGAUCAUACAAAAUGCUGAAACAUUUCCCUAAAUACGCACCCAAGGAGGGUAUACGUUACGAUGGUAUUUACAAAGUGGUGAAGUAUUAUCCAGAGAAAGGUAUUUCUGGGUUCCGUGUUUGGAAGUAUCUUCUACGUCGCGACGACCCCAACCCCGCACCAUGGGAGCCUGGCGCUAAGGAAUUUCCCAUAGUGUACCCCGAUGGCUACUUAGAAGCGGAAGCAGAGAAGAAAGCUCUGAAAGAGAAAAAAGAAAAAUCUGGUAAGAAGCAAACUAAGAAGCGGGCACUUCGAGAGAGCAACCAGACGGAAUCCGAGGGUGAAGUCUCUCCGCCGAAUAAGAAGCGUAAAACUGAGGAUCCACUAAAAAAGAAAGGCAGACCUCUAAAGAACAAAAGUAUAAUAGAGAGUCCAAAAACAAAGAUUGCUAGUAUUUUUAAUAUGAGUCCUAAGAACAAAAAGCAACAAAAAGUUGACAGUGUUCUCAGUGCAGAGGAGAUGGAGUUUGUGAAAGCUGAUACACUCAAUACUAAACUAUGGGACGAAUGUUUGGAAGUUUGCAACGAGAAGGGUAAAAAGGAGUUCGUGGAGCAUGUGACCCAAGUGUUCCUCUGUAUCAUAUGCCAAGACGUGGCUGUGAAUCCAGUGACCACACCCUGUUUGCACAAUUUUUGCAUGGGCUGUAUAAAGCUUGCUUUCAAAUCAACCGGUGUGCAGUGUCCAUGCUGUAGGCAAAGUCUGGCCAAAUAUGAUCCGGAGCCGAAUGAACAACUGACGGCGGCACUCCGUUGUAUACUGACUGGAUACGAUGCGGGCAAGAAGUAAAUAUAGUAUUCUGUUUCAAACAUAGUGUGAACAAGAUCAAUUUAAUUUCGAGUUCACUGUGUAGAUUUUACAGACGCCCUCUUUUUAAAAUAUUUCUGUAAUUGCUAUAUGCUUUUUACAAUUGCAUAAACUUUGAUUUUUAUCUUGCUAAAAUUUGUGAUUAUGAAUGUAUAAUUCUGUUAAUAUUAUAUUUUAUGGCUCUAGAUUUCUAUCUUUUUAAGCCUUACGUUUUUGGAGUUUGUCAAAACAUUAUGUUUGAUUAUAAUAGAAAAUAUGAUACACACAUAAACAUAAUUAUAAUUAAUUUUAACAAUAGCCCUAUAUUUCCAAUAUGGAGUCCAUGGCGAAGUGAUUAGCAUGUUGAUUUUACAGUGCCACCAUCUCUUGAGAUUCCGGUUGAUUAACGUAGAAUCUGAACUUUUCUGUAUAGUCUCGGGUCUGUGUGUUGUGGUGCCUUCAUUGUUUCAUAUUUCCGUAAUACAAAGGCAUUAGUUACUUUAAGAUCUUGAGCCAAUUAAGUGAUAUUUAUUUAUUUACGAAUGAAAUUGCCCAUUAGAAGGGGUAAAUUCUUUUUUGUUUCCACUUUAAUAUGCCGUGGUGAGCGCUUUUACGCUGUAAAAAUGUAGAAAAAUAACUUCUUAGAUUUUCAUACAAAAUGGCAAUCGCUUGGAUAAUAAAACGAAGUAUUAAAAUUAAUGAAAAUAUUUAAUCCCAAUAUCUGCAAAUGUAACAUUUUAACCUUCACACAAUUUAAUGACAUUCCAUUUACCUAUUUGUACAGAAAUACAUAAUGUAAGUAUUUAAGAUUAUUUUGUCAAAAUUCUUGUAUAUUCCUUAUAGUCAUAAAUAUGUAUUUUCUCAACAAUGAAAUACAUUUUGUUAAUAACAUAUUUAUGAAUUUUUUAUGUGAUAUAAUUUUAACAUCCAUUUCGUCGAGAACGUGUUUUAUGGACCAAAGUCCAGUUUAGUUUAUUAUUAGUAGGAUCACAACAAAAGUAAAUUAUAAUAACAUCAUUUUACAUAUAUUGAAUUUAAAAGUAUACCUGUUACUUUUACACAUAUACACUAACAGUACUUUUAUAAUAGAACAUAAUUUUUCCUCAUAUUUUAUCCUAAAGAUAUGUUCACUCAAUUUCAGGUCUUAAUCCACCUGCAAUUAGCAAUCAAUUAUUUUAAACAAAAAAAAAAUAAGCUGUACAGGUUAUUUCAAUUUCUCAAUGCAUAGCGAUAAUACAUUUUUAUUUAUUCAAUUUAUACUAUAUAUUCUUUUUAUAAUUGUAGAAAAUAGUGUUCUUUUUUGUCAUUCUCUAUAAACUAUUUAACUAAGUUCUAGAUUAUUAAGGAGUCGGCAAUGUUACCUUUUGUUAGAACUAAUUUUAUUAUAAGAAUGUUAUUGCAUAUUUUGCAGACGUAGUGAUUUUAAAGUUCGUGUUUUGGUAACUUACAAGAUUAUCUAGUUGUUUAUGAUUAUUUUAUCACAUGUAAAAGUCACUGCGCAUGUACAUAAUAUUUUGCAAAAAAAUAUAACUUUUACUGAACUGUAAUAAAGUUCAUUGUUAAUUAUCAAUUCAAAGGUUAUCUACAGUCAUACAGGGCUAUUUGUUAAGUACCAGCACCCUUGCAGGGCAAAAUAAGUAACAUU